CAAAACGAGAGUCGAGAAAAAUACCAGGCUCCAAAGUCCAAAGGGCUCUGUCCACACACAAUGUAUAUUUUAUAUAUAGUCUUCAAAGCCUUUGAAUUCCUCCGUUGUUCCCUGUAAUCUGAAGUACUUUGGAAUUGGCUGGUUCCUUUUCUUUUAUUGGUUUGUUUUGGGCAGAAAAACAUGCUUCACUGUUUUCGAGUUGCGUUGGCAAUACUAUUACUGGCAACUUGCUCACAUGCUUUCCGGAAAUAUAGACAUCCUGAGAUAAAAUCUGCAAUUUUCCUAUCCCCUAAGUUUGUGCUGGAUCAAGGAUCAGUGGUGAACAAAUAUUACUACAAUAUUGACUUCCCAAGAGGUCAUAUUGCUAUCAAGGGUUUCAAUGCGGAAGUAGUUGAUGAAGCAGGGCAUCCUGUCCCUCUUCACGAAACUUAUCUCCACCACUGGGUCCUUGCAAGAUAUUAUCAACGUCUAAAUGCAACAAAUCCUGAGCAAGAUGACCCCAAACAUAACCAACCUGAUCGUAUUCUUGUGAGGAACAGUGGAAUAUGCCAGAAUAAUUCUGGUGGCCAGUAUUAUGGCCUUGGAUCUGAAACACGAGGAACAAACACAGAUGUACCAGAUCCUUAUGGAAUUGAGGUUGGUAAUCCUGCUGAUAUUCCUGCAGGGUAUGAGGAGGGGUGGAUGCUUAAUGUCCAUGCAAUUGAUACUCGGGGUGUGGAAGAUAAGUUGGGAUGCACCGAAUGCAGGUGUGAUCUAUAUAACGUUUCAAAGGAUGAAUAUGACCGGCCCUUGAGGCCGGACUAUAUAGGAGGUUUAAGAUGCUGCUAUGAUCACACUCAAUGCAGAUUGAGAGAAGUUUCUGAGGGUGCUAAGAGAAACCUUUACAUGAGAUAUACGGUGAAGUGGAUUGAUUGGGAUGAAUUUAUUGUGCCUGUCAAGAUUUAUAUAUUGGAUGUCACUGAUACUUGGAAACAAGUGGACAAUUCAACAGGACAAAGUUCAGAACAUGAAUGUCAUGUUGAGUAUGACGUUGAGUCUUGUAGUGCAUCUGGUAUGGCUGAUAAUAGGUGCACUGACUCCAAAAGGAUAAGCCUCGUUUUCCCAACUGGUGGCUAUAUCGUCUACGGUGUGGCCCAUCAACAUUCGGGGGGUAUCGGUUCAGCUCUUUAUGGAGAGGAUGGACGGGUUUUAUGUUCUUCAAUACCAACUUAUGGACAAGGUAAGGAAGCAGGAAAUGAGGCUGGUUAUAUCGUAGGAAUGUCCACUUGUUAUCCUCAACCCGGCUCUGUGAAGAUAAACGUUGGGGAGACUCUGAUUCUGGAAUCUAAUUACAGUAGCGCCCAGAGGCACACAGGAGUCAUGGGGCUCUUCUACAUUUUGGUUGCAGAACAAUUGCCAAAGCCUAGGCUUUCCCUACGAGUUCCAAUUGCAAAGAAAGUUAAUAAGGUAUAAGCAUUUGCAUUGAUGUAGAAUGCAAAUGAUAAUAAAUAAAGCGGCAGUCUGAUUGACAAGGAUCGAUGGAUGCGUUGAUCAAUUAUAUUUCACCUAUAGUGAAGUUUCUUCAACAAUGCUUAGCAGUAUGUCAAUAGAAAUAAGGCUGCUGGAUUCUUAAUGAAUUGUGAUGUUAUUCCAUGAAUACUUUAUGUGCCUAGUCCCCACUGAGAGAGAGAGAGAGAGAGUACUAGUUGUAUAAUAUAUGUAGGGUCCACCACCUUUUAGAUAUAUAAAAAUAAAUUUUACAA